UGUACACAUCCACACAGCCAUGACUCCUCUGGAUGGGAAAAACACAGGAGGAAGGAGGAAGGAUGGGAUUGUAGAUCACCCGCUCUAUUAGUUUAUGCCUUGCCUUCUGCGUGUGUGUGCGUGUGUGUGGGUGUGUGUGUGGGUGUGUGUGCAUGUCUGACAGAGUGUGAGAGGGUCAGGGAGGAGGGGACAUUUUCAUCACAGCCUCCAGCAGCUUUCUCGCUUUCACCGAGGAAACCAGGCAGCCAGAUCUGUUUUGCUUCCUGCUGGAUAAAAAGGGUGAAAGGACAGCUUUGCCUGUUGUGUCUUUUUUUCCACUGACACACCUAAAUGCACCGUGGAACUUAUGGGACGCAAAGGACGAGAGCUGGAGUGUGGGGUGCAGAAUGGCUCACUAUAAGGACAUUUCUGUCAGAAAGACUUCUUUAAAUCUGGUGACAGGUUUUUUCCAGUAUCUGCGUGAUGAACAAGAAGCAGUACAGAAGAGAACCUUCACAAAAUGGAUCAAUUCUCAUUUAGCAAAGCAUAAACCACCUCUGGAGGUAAAUGAUCUUUUUGAGGACAUCAAAGAUGGGGUGAAGCUGCUGGCGCUGUUGGAAGUCCUGUCUGGCCAAAGACUGCCCUGUGAGCAAGGCCGACAGCUGAAAAGGAUACACUGGGUUUCCAACAUCGGUACUGCGCUCAAAUUCCUCGAAGGCAGAAAGAUUAAACUGGUCAAUAUUCAUGCCACUGACAUCGCAGAUGGACGGCCAUCAAUUGUCCUUGGUUUGAUGUGGACUAUUAUCCUCUACUUUCAGAUUGAAGAGUUAACGAGCAACCUGCCAGCUCUACAGGCGCUUUCCAACAGCAACUCAUCUGUGGACAGCACAGCCAGCUGUGAAACAGGAAGCCCCCCCAUGAAGAGGAAGGUCGUAACCAAAUUCCAGGGCAAUGCUAAAAAGGCUCUGCUCAGAUGGGUGCAGUGCACCGCCGCCAAGGAAUUUGGAAUUGAGGUGAAGGACUUUGGACCCAGCUGGCGUGAUGGUGUCGCGUUUCAAGCCGUAGUUCACGCCAUCAGGCCUGAUUUGGUCGAUAUGGAAGUGGUGCGACGGAGAAAGAACCGGGAGAAUUUAGAGGAGGCUUUUUCACUUGCGGAAAAUGAGCUGGGCAUUCCUCGUCUGCUGGAUCCAGAAGAUGUGGAUGUUGACAAGCCAGAUGAAAAAUCCAUCAUGACAUAUGUGGCUCAGUUUCUCAAGCAUUACCCAAACCCCAAACAGUCUGAGGGGGGUGGACAGCAGGAUGAGCUGCUUCAUGGCUCUCCUCCAACUCUUGCAUUGUCAGUUUCAGUGCUUCAGUUUGUUCCUCAAGAUAUAGAGCAGAUGCUUGAGAGGGAAGAGAGGAAGAUGCUUAGGGAACUGAAGGUGUUUGUAGAUCAGCUGGAGAGAGAUUUGCUGCGUGCCCAGGCCACAGAGGGAAGCCUCACUGACAAAUACCAGGGAUUCAAAAACUUUCAUGUCCAGUAUGAAAUGAAGAAAAAGCAGACAGAUCAGCUGCUCCAGCCUGUUCAUAAGGAAGGAAAGCUGUCGGUGGAUCAGGCCGUGGUCAAGCAGGCGUGGGACCGUGUCUCUGCCCGGCUGUUGGACUGGCACAUUCAUCUGGACAAGUCCCUGCCUGGCCCCCUGGGGGUGGUGGGAGCCUGGCUUCACAGAGCAGAGUUGGCUUUGAGAGAGGACAUUCCCCUCCAACAUGUUCACGAAGAAACGGCCAACGUUCUGCACAGAAAACUGGAGCAGCAUAAGGAAGUUUUAAAAAGCUUGGAAUCGCACAGACAGACUUUCAUGCAGAUCCACAGAGACAGAUCAGUAAACGGGGUACCGGUGCCACCCGAACAGCUCCAAGACAUGGCAGAAAGGUUCAACUUUGUGUCAACAUCAUCGCACUCUCACUUGAUUAAACUAGAAUUCUGGGAAAUGAAGUAUCGAUUGAUGGCGUUCCUUGUUUUGGCUGAAGCAAAACUCAAGUCCUGGAUCAUAAAAUAUGGCCGACGGGAGUCAGUUGAACUCCUGCUGCAGAGCUACCUUGCUUUUGUUGAAGGCCACAGAUUUUUUGAGCAGUAUGAAAUCAUCUUUACCGCCCUGAAGCAAGCUGCAGAGGUUUACAUCAAGUCAGACAGUUCAAUUGAUGAAGCAGAAGGUGUGAGCAAAUUCCUGACUGAAACAACAGCUCAGUGGAAGAACCUGGCCCUGGAGGUCCGAAGUGUUCGCAGCAUGCUCGAAGAAGUGAUCUGUAACUGGGAGAAGUAUAGCAGCUCUGUGGCAUCACUGCAAGCCUGGCUGGAGGAUGCUGAGCAAAUGCUCAGCAAGUCAGAGAAUGCCAAGCGUGAUUUUUUCAGGAACCUUUCUCACUGGAUCCAGCAGCACAUGGACAUGAACGAUGCCGGCAAUUUUCUCAUUGAAACGUGCGACGAAACCGUCUCGCGAGAUCUAAAGCAGCAGCUUCUGCUGCUGAACGGUAGAUGGAGAGAGCUAUUUGUCAAAGUCAAACAUUAUGCAAGAGCAGAUGAAGUUGAUAAAUUAAGACAAGACUAUCAAGAUGGGAUUAAGACCUUAAAGAUGUUUAUGGAUGCAACAAACGAGAAGAUGACCGCUCCUGUUCAAGUAUCUUUCCUUAACGUCAGGGCCUUUGUUCAAGAUGUGGAGGAAAUCAAGCACAAAGUGCCAGCAAUGGAGGCAGCCUGCAAGGCCGCAAGCCGCACCGCUCAGCUGUUGACCAAAGACACUCCACAAGAGGAGAUUUCUCAGAUGAUGGAUGUGAUGGCUUCGAUCAAAGAGCAGCUCAGUAAGGUGAGGGAGAGGUGUCUGCCUCUGCUAAGGGAGUCUCAGUCUCUCUUACCUCCACUGGAGGAAAUGGAGAGGAACAUCACAGGCUUUUACCAAGCUCUGGAGAAGGCUGGCCGUAUCACCGGCACCACAGACUCUGAGGGACCAGUAGAUUUUAAACAGAAUUGCCAGGAGCUGGCGACUUUCACACACAGCUGUAAGAAGUGCCUGACAGUAAUAGAAAGAAACCAUCAAACUAUCCAAAAAAUCAUGAACACCAGUAAAACCCUGCAGCACAUGGACAUGAGUCUGUUGCAGAAGAGAGUGGCAGAUUUGCAGACUUCGUCACAGAACAUGAUUACGGAAUCAACAGAGUGGCGAAAGCAUGUGGAAGCAAACAGCAGCCUCAUGAAGAGGUUUGAUGAGUCACGAGUCGAGCUGGAGAAAGUCCUGAAAGCGGCCCAGAACUGUCUGACAGAAAGGGGCAACCCAGAGGAACUGCUGAAGAAACACACAGAAUUCUUUGGACAGCUGGACCAGCGGGUUUUGAACACGUUCCUCAAGGCUUGUGACGAACUGACGGAUAUUUUGCCUGAACAGGAGCAGCAGUGUCUGCAGGAAACAGUUAGAAAGCUGCACAAACACUGGAAGGAUAUACACACGGAAGCCCCUUUUCAUCUCCUGCAUCUGAAGGUGGAGGGCGAGAGGAACAAGCUGAUGGUGUCGUUGCAGGGGUGCCAGGCAGAGCUGACCAGGGAAAACCGGCACCUGGCUAGCAUGGGGAGUGAGAGGCUCAUCAAGGAGCACAGGAGAUGGCAAAAGUAUGCCGAACUGUCUUGUUGGCUUAUAUCCAAAGAAAGCCAACUGAGGCUUCUGAGAAACCGAGCCAGUGACCCCAGAAAAUACAAUCAGGUUAAAUCCACCAUCACGGAGUUGAGAAAUGAGGCAGAGCUACAGGAGGGGAACCUUGCUUGGCUAAAAGCCCGUAUGGCUGUACUGAUUGAAAUCUGUGCUGACAGUGAUGCCCAAAGGCAGGGAAGCACUUUGAACAAACUCUCUGCUGAUUUUAAGGGUCUCCUUGCCUCUCUCGUUGAGGCGGAGAAGAUGGUGCUUGCAGUUGGGGAUUGUGUGCAGUUCAGAGAGGAAGUACAGACGACUUUGGAGGAUCUGGAUCAGGGGCAGAAAGAAGCUCAGGCAGAGGCCACCAAAAUACUGGAUUGUUCUACUUCAAGAGAAGCCCAACAGCUGCUGCUCGUUCAUCAGCAACAGUUAAAGCGACUAAAACUAAAAAGGAAGGAUGUCCAGCAGCUGAUCACCAGAGGCCAGCAACUCCAGUCUGAAGAAGGACUGGGAGAGACUCUGCAGCAGGACCUGCAGACUUUAGAAAACACACUAAGCAAAAUGGAGCAGAGUAUGGAUUCACAGGAACAAAACCUCGAGGUUACUCUGGCCGCCUGGCAGGAGUUUGACAGUCAGCAGGAAGCAGUGCAUGAGUUUGUCAACAAAGCCCGCUCCACAGUAGAGAGAGAUGUUAACUUCAGCAGUCCUGAGAGCCUUGCCGUUGAACUGGAUCAGGCAAAUGUGAUGCUGAAGCAGUGCGAAGCGGAAGUCUUACACAUGAACACCUUACAGAAGAGAGCAACAGAAAUCCAGCUUGGUGCAAAAAGCAAAUCUCUUCUUCUACAGCAAGCUCGUUCUCUCAGUGAGCAGGUGGACGAAGUAGAAACCAGACUGAAGGAAGAGGUGAAGAAUCUGGAGGAAAUGAAAAAUCAGUGGGAUCGAUUUGGAAUCGGAUUUAUUUCAUUUUCCUCAUGGAUUUCUGAAAAGGAGAAGCAGCUAGAUGCAAUAAAAUCCUCAAAUUUGCCUCUUGAGGAGCAGAUCAAAGCACUUAAGGAUGUUGAAGCAGAACUUGAAGAUCGGGCUGCAUCCUUUUCCCAGUUGGAGACAGACUCCCAAGCACUGGCCCAGUUUGUAUCGUCGGGCGAAGCAGCACGCAUUAAGGCCCGACUUACCCAAAUUGGGAGGUACUGGGAGGAGCUGAAGGAGAGUGUUCAGCAAUUUAAUGGGCAGCUAGAGGAAAGCUCCUCUCACCAACUGAAGUUCAAAUUGAACUUAAACAAGGUACAAUCAUCUAUUUCUGAACUUCAAGCAAAACUGGAGAAUCCUAUUAAAUCCUGCAUGUCAUCAUCCGAGACUUACAAAGCCCUUCAGAGUCACAUGGAUGUCUGUCAGAGUCUGGAGCAGCUGAAAGGCAACAUUCUGUCGCUGUCAGCCAGUGCCAGACGAAUCAGUGACAAGGAGCAUGCAGUGAGGGCUGUGACUGAGCUAAACACCAGCUACGAACAAGCCCUGGAGGAAGCAAAGGACAAGCAGAGCACUUUGGAAAACCUUCUUUCUAUGUGGCAAAAGUUUGAGAAGCAGCUUUCACACUUUGAAACCUGCCUGGAGAGAAGUGAAUCUGCAUCUAAACCAGAAAGUCAGUGUCUUUCUGCUGACAAAGCCAAACUAUGCAAUGAGAUACAGGAUUUGCAGGCUCUGCAACAUGAGGUAGAGUCUCUUAAGAAGGCCCACGAUGACUUGGUCUCUCUGGGGGUAUUGUUGUACCCCACAGCACCAGAGGAGAAUGUUAUAGAGCUUAAAGAUAAGCUCCAGACUCUACAGCAAAGAGUGCUGGUUCAACAGGAAGUCAUCCCUCAAAGGAUCACAGAGCUUCAGAGCCACGUUUCAUUGGUGGACCAGUUUGACCGGGAUCUUCUUAAAUUCUCUGAGUGGAGUGAGAACAAACUCUCUAACCUUCACACAGCUCCUCAGAUCAACAUUGGUAACCUAAAGGGCUCAUCCACGCAAGUAAAGGAAACAAAGUUGGCUCUACAGCAGCAGUCCAGCAUGAAGCAAAGCUUAGAGGAACAGUCUGAGAAGCUCUGCAAGAUCUGUGAGCCCGGUGAUGCGCAAAUCCUCAAUAACAGAGUAGAAAGCUGUCUUCAGUCUUACUGUGAGGCUCAACGUUUAGCUGAGCUGCAGUUCGAGUGCCUUGAGAAGCUGGAGACGUUCUUGCAGACUCGCAGUGUGGUGGCUGGAGUUCUGCAGGGUCUCAGACAGACUGUGGAGAACGCUGGGAGCUGGGACCGUGGGAGGGUAGAGGAGCUUCAGCAAGAACUUGCCACUGUUAUUCCUGACAUAAGUAAUCUGGAGAGUUCAGCUGUCAAUCUGGACAGCAGCCUUUGUAAAGCUCAUCUCCACAUAGGGGCUGAAGAGGGUUCACGUAAAUCAUGCCGCUCGCUUGCUGAUUCACUGAGUGCUGAGUUGGAUACAGUCAGGAACCUGCUUGGCUCGAAGCAAAAUGAAGCGGAGGCCCUGGGUGUUUUGUGGACGUCAUUUCGACAGCGGAAAGAGCAGCUGCUCAAGGCUGUGGAGGACAUUGAGGAGAAAGCUGAUCACCAAACCUUCAAAGAGCCCAGCUUGCAUGCUCUACAGCAACGACUUCGGUUCUUUAACCAGUUAGAGGACGAGCUCCAGUCACACCAGCAUGAAGAACAGUGGCUGAGGGACAAAGGCAACCAGCUGGCGCAGAGAGACGCAGAACUGGCAGGGGAGGUUUUGAGGGAAAUUAGUCUGCUGGAGACAACAUGGGAGGACACAAAGAGGCUGAUAGCAGAACGACAAGAACAUUGUAAUGUCCUUGCUGGGCUUAUGAGAGAAUACCAAACCCUGAAAACCAGCAUCAAUGGCAUCAUGGAGACGGCUGAACCUCUGGUAGACAUCAGCUCUGUUCUGAAGGAUUAUGAGGAAACCAAGAGAUCACUAACCAAGCACCAAUCAUUGAAGGCAGAUAUGGGUGGCAAGCAGCGGGAACUGGAUCAGUUUUCAGGCAAGGGAAAACAACUCGUGACUGAACUGAAGAAGAUCCCAGAGUGCGAUUGUGAAAUGAUCAGAAAAGAUGUGGAGAAAACUGUUGAUCACUGGCUGGAUGUGUCUGAGAAAAUAGAAGAAAACAUUGAUCGGCUCCGUCACAGUCUUGAGUUAUGGGGUGAUGUGCGUAACCUAAACGAGGACAUCGAGGGUUGGACGAGCAGUUGUGUGGUGGAACUGAAUGAAAUCCUGAGCAAUUUCAGCAACAGUCAGAAGGUGUCAGAAAGGCUCUCUGGGCUACAGGGAGAAAUUAAAGAGAAGGAGCAGAAACUUGAUGUCCUCCAAACAAAAGUUUCCCAGCUGACCAAGUGCUGUCACAGCGAAGAUACUCCUGCUAAAUUGCAGGUUUUGGAGACUGACCUACGGAAGAAGAUCACUUCUGUUCAGAUGCUACAUGAACAGGUUCAAGGGAACCUGACUGACUUCAGAUCUCAGCGUAAACAGCUUGAAGACUACAUCUCACAGAUGUCUGCUUGGCUAAAGAGCAUGGAAGACUCUUUGGUUUCCUCUCCAUCAGGAUCAGAUCCCGAGGACAUCUGCAGAGUAAAGGACCUUCAGAAAGAGCUUCAAAAUCAGCAGGGUAGUAUUGACUCAACCAGGGAGAGCCUCAACACACUGUGCAGAAAAUAUCCCUCUGAGGAGCUGGCCAGCUUAGGGUCGUCUCUCACUGACCUCAUCAAGGCGUAUGAGUCUGUGAACCAGCUCUCUGCAAGGAAACUCAACUCCUUACAAAACUGUCUUCAACAACACUUCAAUGAUCUUGUCCAGGAGUUCCAUCAGUGGCUUUCAGAGCAAAGAGAGAUUGUUAAAGAAUGCUCUGACCGAUCUGGAGACACUCAAAUUGUGGAACGUAAACUGCAAAAAAUCAAGGGCGCAAUGGACCGGGUGGAAGAAGGAGAGAUACGACUUAAGCAAGUCUGUGAGGAAGGAGAGAAACUUCUUCUUCAUCUACCAAAAGCCAGUGCUGGGCAAGUCCAGCAACACCUUUCAUCCAUCCAGCAAGACUGGGACAGCUUUGUAGAGCAGUGCAAGCAGAACCAGCAGAUCCUUGAGGACAGUGCGUCCCUCAUGAAAGGGUUUGAGGGUCGCCUCAAGAAGCUGAAGUGUUGGUUGGAAAACAUGGAAAGCAGAAUGGCUACAGAUCUACUUGAAGCCAAACAGCGCGGUUCUGAAAGAGCUUUGACUGAGCAAGUGGAGGAAUACCAGCAGGAAGUGCUUAAAGAAAGGGAUUCAUUUGAGCGUCUCUGUCAGGAGGGACAGGCUCUAAACGAAGGCGGACGAGGGGAUGGCAGCGAGACCAGAGUCUCAGCUCAGCUGCAGUCCCAGCACCAGGCUUUGUUAAGGUGUGUUAGGGAGAGGCUGCGUAGCUGCCAGCUCACUUUACAGGAACAACAAGCCUUUGAAGAGACUCUGCAGACCACCUGGCUCUGGCUUAAUGGGGUGCAGGAGCGUCUGGCUUCUCUUAACAGCACUGUUGGCAAUAAAGAAACUCUAGAAAAAAGACUCGGUCUCGUACAGGAUAUCCUGCUAAUGAAGGGAGAGGGUGAGGUGAAACUCAACAUGACAGUUGGAAAAGGAGAACAGGUUUUAAAACACAGUAGGAUUGAGGAGCAGGAGACCAUAUCUUCACAGCUGCAGAACCUGAAGGAUGCAUGGGCCAACAUGCUAAUGACUGCAAUGAGCUGCCACAGUCGACUGGAGUGGACGGUGACCCAGUGGACCUCAUUUCAAGAAAAUAAAAGCCAGCUGCAGCAGUGGAUGGAGUCGGUUGAACAGGAGGUUGGGAUGGUUCAGCCUCAGCAACCGGGCCUCAAAGAGAAGAGUGCCUUACUUGAUCGGCUACGGGCCAUCCAAGCUGAUGUGGACACUCAUGCGACGGCUUUGUCACACCUAAGUGAGAAAGCCGUGGAGAUGCAUGAAAAAACUGGUGACCAAACAUUUGGACCGGAGUCAAGGGCGGAGCUCAACGCUCACUUCACUGAUCUAUCAGCUGUCAUCAAGGGUAAAGUGCAGUCCAUGCAAAAGAUUGUGUCUGAGCAUGAGCAGUACCUGGACGCUGUCAGAGACUUCAACGACUGGCUGAUUUCAGCAAAAGAGGAACUUCAGCGCUGGUCUGACUUGUCAGGAGACUCAGUGAACAUUAGAAGAAAGCUCUCCAAAGUACAGGAGCUCCUUGACUCUAAGCAGCGAGGCAGAGAAAGGCUGAACCGUGUUCAGAGGUAUGGGGCAGUGGCAAGAGAUUACACAGGUUCAGGGGGCUAUGAGGCCAUGGAGCGAGAGGAAGCAACACUAUUGUCAUCAUGGGAGCAGUGGGAACGUGGAGCUUUACAGACCCGUGCAAGCCUGGAGACGGCCCUCUCACAGAUAUCAAGCUCAGAGCAAGAGUUCAGCAGCCUAUCAGCACAGCUGGAGCAGGAUCUUCAGGACUUUAGCGCUCAGCUACAGGGCUGCCGACAUCGACUGUGUCAGGCAGAGAAGAAAAACGACGGAGAGGAAGCUGUCAAAGGCUGGCAAAUGGCAAAGGAUACUUUAGAUGAACUUGUCAAAGCCGAGGCGUUGUCUGAUCGUCUGAAGACUCAGCUUAAUGAUUUGUGCCGUUUAUCCAGAGAAAUAACCACCCAGUCUGAGAGAGUGUCUGCUCUGAUCAAAGACUAUAACAGUUUGUGUCUUCAAGCCACCAGAGAUUGUCAGAGUAAAGAAAAGGUGCUGGAUCAAGGCUUCCGCUCUGCUUUCAGGGAAUUUCAGCAAUGGUUGGUUAAUGCUAAGAUCAAUACCGCCAAAUGUUUUGACGCACCUCAAAAUCUCAGUGAAGCCUCAUCUAGUUUCCAGAAGAUUCAGGAGUUUCUUAAUGACAAAGAACAGGGUCAGUCCAAGCUGAAUGCUGUGUUUGUAAAUGGAGAGCUCAUCUGUAGCAUCGCAGCUAAAGACAAAACCGAUGCAGUUCGGGGGAAAAUGAACACGGCCCGAGAAGACUGGAAACACAUCAUGACCAGCCUGCACAACAGAGAGACAAGUUUGCUGAACCUGAUUUUGCAGAUGAAGGAUUUUGAGGCAAGUGCAGAACCUCUUCAGGACAGUUUGAAUGCCACAGAGCUGGCUGUACAGGAGAGUAGCACACGACUUUAUGAUCUCACGGCAAAAAAGCAGGAGCUUCAUAAACUGCAGUCUGUGCUUGAGGAGUUAGCUUCUCACGAGGUUCAGCUGAACAAGCUGAAGGAGAAGGCCCAACUAUUGUGGGAUGAACACUCGGCCGGGAAGGGCUUUGUGCACCGUGUCUCGCAGCUAUCUGCUCAGUGCCUAGCUUUAACCAACCUCACCAAGGAAAAGGCCUCCCGCAUUGAUCGGAUCGUUACAGAGCACCAGCUUUUCUCCCAAGGGUUAGAGGAGCUGCAGAACUGGGUGGCUGACACCAGCCAUAUGCUGCAGACUUACAGCGCUCCGACGGCUGACAAAAAUGUACUAGAUAGCAGAAUGAUCAAGCUGGAGGCUUUGCUGACAGCUCGCCAGGAGAAGGAGAUCCAGCUGAAGAUGCUGAUCACAAGAGGAGAGUCAGUGCAGAGAAACACCUCAGCUGAAGGAGUGCCACUAAUCCAAAAACAAAUACAGGAGCUUAAAGACUCCUGGGAUGCUCUGCUUUCUGCUGCAAUUCUUUGCAAAAGUCAGCUGGAAGGUUCGCUGUCUCAGUGGACAAGUUACCAAGAGGACGUGCGUCAGUUUCUGGCUUGGAUUGAGCAGGUGGAGGAAAGCCUUGAGGUCACCGAUAAGCUGUGCCCAGAGAUGAGAGACAAAACGGCUAAUCUGAGCAAAGCAAAGCUGCUUUAUGAGGAGGUGCUCAGCCACAACAGUCUCCUGGAAACCAUUACUGCAAAAAGCGCUAGAAUCACUGAAAACUAUGUUACUCACCUGGAGCUGCAAGAACUUCAGGAGCGGUAUAACACCGCCAAAGACAACGCUAUGAGGGCAGUUGGCAAAGCAGAGGAAUUGGUGAAAGCUCAUCAAGAGUAUCAGUGGGACCUUCGUUCCUUUGAGGAGUGGCUGAAGCAAGAAGAAGAGAAGCUCAGCUGCUACACCCAGCUGGAAGGAGAUGUUGAUAUGCUGGAGGAAACCCUCCAAAAGCUGCAGGAACUGCAGCUGCACUGCACCGAAGGCCAGGCUUUGCUGAACACCUUGUUGCUGAGUCGUGAACUUGUGGUCCCCUGGGGUCUCCCUCAGAUCGAGGACCGAGCCCUUGAGACCCUCCAGCAGGAGUGGAGGCUCUAUCAGGCUCAGCUGGCUGACACCCGUGCUCAGCUGAACAGCGCUCUGGCCAAACUUCGACAGAUGGAGCAGAAGUUCCAGCGUCUUGACAGUUGGCUGAAAGGCAUGGAAACCAAAGCUCAGCUGCGUUCUAACCGGCGGUCUGACCGCGCCACGAAGAGCGCUCAGUUACAGAUGGUGAAGAGCUGGCAGGAAGAGGUGCUCGUUUAUCAGGAGGAAAUGGAAGGCCUUACGCUUUUGGCUCAGCAAGUUCUGGAUGAAACCCAUAUAAGCAGCCGGAUCAGUAGCAGAGCCACCCAGAUCACAGCCCGCUACCACGCCCUGCUACUGCAAUUAUUGGAAACAAUCAAACAGCUCCAGGAGGAGAUGACUUCAAUCGAAGAAUCACAGUGUGUCUUCACCACCUUCUCAGAGUGGCUCAGCACAGCUCAGAAUAACUUCAGCACGGUGGCCAUUAGCGUUGACGUAGUAGAUCGCUUUGCUUUAGAGAGAAAAAUAAAGAAACUUGAGACUCUGCAGGGUGACAUGGAGCAGGGUCACACCUACCUAAAGGCAAUGAGGGAAAAGGCAGAAAAGGCGAUGACUUUCCUUGAAGAGCCUGAGGCAGACCAGCUCAGGGAGGAGGUGGACAUUCAACUUUUUCAGCUUGAGGAAUUAACCACUUCUCUACGCACAGAACACAGCUCCCUGGAGAAAUACAUCUCACUCUCCAAAGACUUUAUGGAUAAAUAUAAAACACAAGCCCAGUGGGUGAAGGAGACAAAGAACUUUUUAGCAGCAAGUUUAGAACCAAAAACUGAACUCUACCAGAAAAAGGCUCAGUUGGCAAAAUAUAAGACUAUUCAGCAGACUGUUGAAUCCCACGAACCAGCUGUGAAAUGUGUCAUUGAGAAAGGAGAGGCUUUACUCAAUUCCUUUAACGACCCCACGAUCGGUGAAAACAUGAAAAAGUUACAGACCGACUAUCAAGACCUUUGUUUGGCAGCUAAGACACAUGUGCAGAGCCUGAUGGAAUGGGUCAAAGAACAUGAAGAUUACAACAGCGAGCUGCAGGAAGCUGAGAAAUGGUUGUUGCAGAUGUCCAGCAGGCUGGUGACCUCAGACUCGAUGCAAACCGGAAACAUGGAGAUGGCUACCCAGCAACUGGCCCGACAUAAGGCCAUAAUGGAGGAAAUUUCUAGUUUUGAGGAGCGUCUGACCAGCUUGAAGCAGAAAGGAGAAGAUCUGAUUGCUGGCUGUACAGAUCAAGCUCAAGUUCAAGCUAAGAUUAGUCAACAAGUCCAGGCCCACCUACAGGGGACAACAGACAGCUACUCUGCCAUAUGCAGCACCGCCCAGCGUGUCUACCAAAGUCUGGACCGGGAGUUGCAAAAAUAUGUCAGUCAUCAAGACACUCUGCAGCAGUGCCAAACAUGGCUCCUAACAGUACAAGAAGAAGUUCAGCUCAACGAUCAGGGACCGACGGGGCUACAGGAAGCUCUGAAGCAGGUGAAGCACUACAGAGCCCUUCAGGAGCAGGCCAGCACGUAUCUGGACCUUGUGUGUUCGGUGUGCGAUCUGUCUCAUGAUGCUGUGAGAGUCGCAGCUGCUGAAGUCCAACAAAUCAAACUCACGGAAUGCUGCCAGCAGCUGCAGUCCAAACAGAGCACCCUCAGUAAAAUGACAGAAACCGUCAGCAGACUGAUCGGUGGCCAGGACACUUCAGAACAUGCAGAGCUUGAUCGUCUUAGCCAUUCCUGGCUCGAGCUUUGCCACCAGGCGAAAAAGCUGCAGACACAAAGAGAGGAGGACCUGCAGCGAUCCAAAGAUUACCAUGACUGCAUCACUGCAGUGGAGACGCUGUUUGAGCAAGUGUCCAAAGAGUGGGACAAUCUGGCGAGAACUGAUGCUGAAAGUUCAUCUCAGCACCUGGAGGCAUUACGAAAACUUGCUGUGACUCUAGAGCAACAGAAAGGAGCCCUUGAAGACCUUAAAGAGCAGAAACAGAAAGUCAUCCAACACUUGAACUUGGACGAUAAAGAGCUAGUGAAAGAGCAAAUCAGUCAUUUUGAGCAGCGAUGGUCUCAGAUGCAGCAACUAAUCGAAAGAAAAAUACAGGACUCCAUGGUUACACUUGAGGACAUGAGUCAGGUGGAGGGUCGCCUGAGAGAGGCUAGAGACUGGGCUGAGGAGCAGCAGCCGGCCUUGUCUGAAGCCAUGAAAAUGAGCCCCCCGCCCGAACUGGCUCAAAGUUUCCUAUUUGACCACCUGAGCAUCUGCAGUGAACUUGAGGCAAAGCAGCUCCUCCUGGCGCAGGCCAUGGCCGACGCUGACAGGGUGCUGCCACGGCUGGGCCUCAGCGAACGCCAGCAUCUCCAGCAGCUGAUUUCCGACACGCAGUCAGAAGUUGAGUCUCUGAGCGUCAAAGUGGUGCAGCGAAGAAAACACCUCAGCAAGGCUUUUACAGAGAGGACGCAGUUCCUAAUGGCUGUCAAUCAGUCAAUCUGCUGGGUUCAGCAGAAUGAGAAGAAGGCUCAGGCAGAGGAAUACAUCGCUUUAUUACCCGAUGAUCUGGCUAAGCAGGUACGAACAUGCAGGAACAUCCAAAGCAGCCUGAAAGCCUAUCAGAGCGAACUAACCUCGCUGUGGUCUCAGGGGAGAGACCUGAUGAGGGAAGCCAGCGAGGAGGAAAGAAAUGAGAUUCUCACAAAGUUGCAAGAGUUACAAAAUAUCUUUGACAGGACUCUGCACAGGUGUGGCCAGAAACUACAGGAGCUUGAAAAGGUACUUGUCUCGAGAAAGUAUUUCAAGACAGAUUUAGAGAAAAUUUGCCAAUGGUUAAAGCAAGCUGACAUUAUCACAUUUCCUGAGAUAAACCUGAUGGUGGGAGAUGCUGAACUUCAAGCACAGCUACUGAAGUACCAGCAGAUAAUCGAGCAGGCGGUGGAGUAUGAGAAUCUUCUGCUAAUUGUACAGAGAGCAGGCCAGGAGAUACUGCCCACUCUGAAUGAAGUAGAUCACUGCUAUUUGGAUGAAAAACUCAACACCCUCCCUCAGCAGUACAACAGCAUACUAGCCCUAGCCAAAGAGAAACAGGAGAAAAUCCAACAGGCCAUUCUCACCAGGAACGAGUACACGUCUUUCAUAGAUGUCACUCACAAAGCACUGAAAGAACUUGAGGACCAGUUCAACACUUUGGGGACUCAACCCGUCGGCUUGCAAACAGAAGAGGUCGUCAAUUUGCAAAGCGAUUACAAAGCGAUCCUGGCAGAUCUCAGCAACCUUGGUCUGGCUGUAAGCGAGCUGAAUCAGAAGAAAGAGGGAUUUCGUAGCACAGGGCAGCCUUGGCGCCCAGAAGAAAUGACCCAGCUAGUGAGUUUGUAUAAUGGAUUAAAGAGGUUGAUCGAACAGAAAGUUGAGCAUCUGGACGAGACUUUAGAGUCUUUCGAGGACCACAAGGCGAUGGCUAUGCAGGUCGACUCCGAGCUGAAGGCGACAAAAGAGCAGCUGGUAAAAGUUAACGCAGAGACCCAAUCUGCCGAAGAGAGACUGAAAAACUACCACGCUCUGGCGGGAAGCCUUCAAAGCGCCAACUCCCACUUGUCAAGGCUUAUGGAGCAGAUGGACUCUCUUGCACCCCGUGUGGACCAAGCAGCUCAUGACGCCUCCAAAGAGCAGGUGAUUUUGUGGCAGGAGGAGCUGCGAUCCCUGCAGGCCGCAGUAGGAGAACUGAUUGAAGAAUGCGAGAACAGGUUUGUUCAAAGCAAAGACUUUGAGACGGAGAUGAAGAGGACCCUUGAUUGGCUGCAGCAGAUCAGGGAUGAGCUCAGCUGUGCUGUCAUCGUUGAUGUCAGAGUGGAGAAAGUGCAGGAGGAGAUCCGAAAACAGCAAAUCCUACAGGAGGAAGUCCAGUCCAGACUCAGAAUAGUGGCCGCUCUCAGUAGCCAAGAGAAACAGGAGUAUAUUAGUGCCAAUGAGCUGGUCCCCGCACAUGUGGACAUGAGCCUUGAGGAAAUGGCUAAACUACAAGCAGAUGUCCAGAAAGCUCUGAGUGCCAAACAGAUUACUUUGGAGGAAGCCCUGGUGCUGUGUCAGAAGUACCACUUCAGGAUGCAGUCGGCCUGUGAAUGGCUGGAGGACGCUGUCUCUUUCCUUCAGCAAGCAAGCUUGGGAGUCGACGUAGAGAACUAUGAGGAGUGUCUGAGGCAGCAGGCGGACAUCCUGUCGACAGAGCAGGAGUUUCUCAUCCAUCUGGAGGAGCUGCAGACCCUCCUUCCUCAGCUUGAGAAGCUGGUGAACCCCACAGCUAAGGAGCAGCUGAGAGUGAGCGUGGAGUCGGCGAAGCAGAGAGGAGUAGAGGUUCGAGAUCAGCUCCAGUGUCACCAUGAUGUCCUACACAGUUGUGUGACGCAGUGGAAGUUAUUCCAAGAAGCAAGACAGACUGUCAUCGAGUUAAUGAACGAGGCUGAAAAGAAGCUGACCGAAUUUUCAACAGCAAAGGCAGCCACCAACCAGGAGGCUGAAGACAAGCUAUGUACUCACAGGUCCCUCGUAUCUCUCGUGAACGGGUUUCAAGAGAAGCUCAGUGGUUUAGAGGAACAAGCGGCUCAGCUGGAACUGGUGGGCAGCGACGCCAGCAAGGCCACCAUAAGUCGCUCCAUGACCACCGUGUGGCAGCGCUGGACACGGCUACGCAGCGUGGCGAGGGGACAGGAAAGAGUGCUUGAGGACACAGCACAGGAGUGGAGGACUUUCAGAGAAAAGAUGGUGAAAGUCAGAGGCGUCUGUGAUGAGCUCCAGAGUCGCUUCCCAGACAGCGCUGUGGAGAAGGCUUCCAAAGCCACUCUGCAGUCUUUGUUGGACCAGCAUGAUUUACUGAGUCAGGACCUGGAGAGAGAGCUCUCCUCACUCAUGCUGUUGAGACAAUAUGCCCUCAGUCUGCUGCAUGAUGUGGAGGUCCCGUCACCAACAGCAGAGCAAGAUGAGCUACCCAGCUUAAGGGAGAUCAGGGUGGUCCAGGACCAAAUGGAAAGCCUUUUAACACAGUCCAGGACCAAGCGAGCCCAGGCUGCUCAGGAAUUAAGGGAAAGAGAGGAAGUGGAGAAGGAGCUCAGUGUGGUGAAAGCCUGGAUCCAGGAGACCAGAGAGCUUCUUCUCAAUCCCACACCGGAUAUUGAUUCUCUGUUACAGGAGCUUGAGGUCGUUCAUGGGGAAGUGAUCAAUUAUCGGCAGAAUGUAGACAAGUUAGCCGAACAACAGCAAAGCAAGUACCUGGAUCUUUACACAAUACUCCCUUCUGAAAUCUCCAUGCAACUUGCUGAGGUCUCUCUUGCGCUGGGGGCCAUUGAAGAUCAGGUUCUAUGUAAAGAGAGAGAGUACCAGAGAACUAGAGAAAUAAAGGAGGACUUCAGCUCAAGAAUCCACGCCAUGUCAGAAAAACUAAAGAUGAUCUCAAAUAAGUUUAAGGAGAAAUCUCCUGAUGUUGACCAUGCUAAAGAAGAGGUCAAGAGUCUUUUUGAAGAUCUGGACUCCUGUGGACGCACAUUAUCAGAGCUUGAUGCCGCUGUACAGGAGUUUGGCCGCAGAAACCCCCUGCUGGCCAAACAGCUCAGUGAUGCUAUAAACAAGCUGUCAGAGAUGCAUCACCACACCACUCGGUUAGCAGACUGUCGAAACAACUGGCUCAAAAAGGUUGGCUUUAUGACGGCUGGUCGUUGUCACACUCUGUUAUCACCUGUUACUGAGGAGUCUGGGGAGGAAGGCACCAACAGCGAGGUCUCCUCCUCUCCCUUAUGUCGUUCUCCUUCUCCUGUCUCUCACACUGAAGGCCCUAUCCUCAAGGUUGGACGUGGAACCCUCACAAGAGCUCCAGUUCAGGAGUUAUAUGACCCAACAUUUGAGUCUGUGGCAAACUUGGAUGACCUACAGCGCUCAUGGGAGACUUUAAAAAACGUGAUAAGUGAGAAGCAGAGAUCCUUGUAUGAAGCUUUGGAAAAACAACAGCAUUACCAAGGUUCUCUGCAGUCCAUUUCCUCUAAAAUGGAAACACUGGAGUCUAAGCUCAGUGAACCUUUGGAGGCAGACAAAAGCCCAGAUAGCCACAUGAAAGUCCAUGAGGAUCUCAUGCAGGAGAUACAGAAAGUCCAGGAAGAAAUCGAUAGGCUGCAGGCAGGCUUCACAGAGGACGUUGCUACCAAUGCUGUGGACUCUGAUUUGGCUGACCACCUUGCUAUGCAGUCUUCUCUGGCUGUGUUGGCAGAGAGGAUGGCAACCAUCCAUAUGAAAGCUUCAGGGAAACAACAACUACUGGAGGAGCGCGCCACUGACAAUAUGGAGGUUCAGCAUCAGGAGCGAGCUUUGCAGACGUAUCUCACCCAAGCAGCUGAGCUGGAUGAGUGGUUGACCAGAACUCGAACUGCUGCAAUGCCCAUUCUUCACACUAGUCCUGCAGACGAGACGGAUGAAAAAUAUCAGCUCACAGAAUGCCAGAACAUGCUGGUGGAGAUUGAAGAAAAGGUGCUGGCCCUCACAGAGCUGUCGGUGCGCAGCGAGAACCUGCUGCGGGAGGGCCGAACAGACACCAGAGGGGAGGCUGAGGAGUUGGCUGCAAGGUUACGCACGUUAAAGGGCGGUUUAAUGGAGCUGCAGAGAAUGCUACAGGACAAACAGCUUAACAUGCAGGGUUCACUACAGGAGCCAGAAGACAGUGAAUCAGACUCCAGUCUUUCUUCAAGUUCCAGUGUGCAGGACUGGCUGGCCCAGGCUCGGACCACACGGACACAACACCAUGAAGACAGUCUGCAGAGACAGAAGGAUCUGGAAGAGCAGCUUGCAGAGCAGAAAAAGCUGCUUCAGUCAGUCGCUAGCAGAGGGGAGGAAAUUCUCAUCCAGCAGUCAUCACCCAGUAGUUCCAGCACUACGGAGCCAUUUUCCCCGGCAGCUUUGUCUGAGAGCAGAGCAGACCAGAUGAAGCAGAGAUGGGAAAGCCUCAGACUUGAGCUCAGGACUAAAUUACAGCUUUUACAAAAAACUCUUGAGCAGGACCAGAAGCAGCCAGUGUUUUCCAGAGCUACUCGUGUAACAUCAGCUGGGCCAAUGUUUAAAGGAGACACCAAACCCGAUAACUCCUCUCUGCAAACUCUCUAUGACAGCUUCAGACAGACGGUUGAAGAAAUGACCACUCAGGCUGGCGGUGGAGCUGAAACACAGGUGGCUCAGAUGGAGCAGCAGCUCUUCACAGCCGUGUCAACCACUUCCUCCUGGCUGGAUGGUGUCGAAAACAACGUCUUCUCCAGCCCGGUGCUCUUGGCUGAAAAUGCAGAGACCCAAUUACAGAAUCAAGAGAACCUUGAAAAUGAAGUGAGACAUCUGACGGAAGAGGUUAAGCUCAGCCAGGCUCUGCUAGCCGGAUCUUCCAGGUUAAAACGUGAAGACCAGGUGCUGCUGGAAGACAAUCUGAACUGCCUUAAAGAGAGAUUAGGAACUAUUGGUGAUGCUCUGGCUCAACGACUUGACCACAUGAGGACCCGAGCACAUGAGCUCACUGCCUACCAGACUGAGCUGCAGCUUCUCCAAACUGCUUUAAUUGAGACCAAAUGCCAGAUCCUCCAAGCCCUAGCCGGAGCAAUGGAUAGACCAGCUUCGAAGCAAAUGGAGGUCAUUGCAAGUGCCGAGGAAACCUUGAAAGAUUUUGAGCAGAGAAUCACAGAGCUGAAAACCAGAGGAGCAGCACUGCAGGCAGAUCAGAUUUCAGCAAACAAAUUGCUUAAACUGCAGGAUUCAUAUGAGGAGCUAUUGAUGACGGUGGGUUCGAGACGCGGCGGGCUGAACCAAAACAUCGCUCUGAAGGAGCAGUAUGAGCGUGCUCUGCAGGACUUGACUGACCUGGUUGACACAGCAAAGGACAAAAUGGCGGCUGAUCAGAGAAUUGUCGUUAGCUCUGUGGAGGAGGUGCAAAGUCAUCUUGACAAGCAUAAGGAGUUUUUCCAGGGUCUAGAGUCCCACAUGAUUCUAACAGAGACCUACUUUAGAAAGAUCAGUUGCCUCAUGCUUCCCAAAGAAAACCAAACCUUGGAGGAAACGCUUGCUGAGACCCGGCGGGUCCUUAAAGAAGCACACAGUAAAGGUGUUGAGCUGGAAAGUAUCCUGGAGACUUGGUGCCGUUUAGUGCAGGACUACCAGAAUCUGAACCGGCAGCUAGAAGCAGUUGAAGGCAGCAUCCCUUCUGCUGGUCUGGUGGAAGAAACUGAAGACAGAUUAAUGGACAGAAUCUCCUUGUAUCAGGGUCUAAAGGGAAGACUGACAGAGCACCAACACAAGCUCCACCAGGUGCUGGAUGAUGGUAGACAUCUGUUACAGUCAGUUAGCUGUCCAACACUGGAGAAUCAGCUGGCGCUGUUAGGGGAACACUGGCUUAACAAUACAACCAAGAUCAACAAGGAACUGCAGCGCCUGGAGGCAAUCCUGAAACACUGGACCAGGUAUCAAAAGGAGUGUGUGGAGAUCAGUGAGUGGCUCCAGUCUGCCCUGGAACGUCUGGAGUUUUGGAGCAUGCAGGCCGUCUUAGUCCCACAGGAGCUGGAAACUGUCAGGGACCAUCUAGCUGCCUUUCUUGAGUUUUCAAAAGAGGUCGAAGGGAAGUCAAGUCUCAAGAGUUCAGUAGUGUCAGAGGGAAACCAGCUGCUGCGGCUAAAGAAAGUGGACACAGUGGCGCUGCGCUCUGACUUGGCUCGCAUUGACAGUCAGUGGGCGGAGCUUCUCACACGCAUCCCAGUGGUUCAGGAGAAACUGCAUCAGGUCCAAAUGGAGAAGCUGGCCUCACGUCAUGCCAUUUCUGAGCUAAUUAACUGGAUAUCACUGAUGGAGAGUGUGAUUGAGGAAGACGAAGAAAACCUUAAGAGUGCCAUCGGAUCAAAUGUCAUUCAAGACUAUUUGCAAAAAUAUAAGGGAUUCAGAGUCGAUUUAAGCUGUAAGCAGCUGACUGUGGACUUUGUCAACCAGUCGGUUCUUCAGGUUGGUGGUCAGGAUGUUGAGAGUAAGCGAAGCGACAAAACCGACUUCGCUGAGCGUCUGGGAGCCAUGAAUCGACGCUGGCAGAUCCUGCAAGGCUGCAUCAGUGAGAGGAUCCAGCUCCUCGAGAGCCUUCUAAAGAUGUGGCUGGACUAUGAGAGCAGCGUUCAGAUCCUCAAGUCCUGGAUGACAGCUCAAGAAGAGCGAUUAAAGAGGAAACACAGAAUAGAAGAUCUGAUUUCUGUGCAGAAUGCUCUCAAAGACUGUCAGGAAAUGGAAGAGCUGCUGAAAAAUAAAGAGAAAGAACUGGAAAGGGUAGAGGAGCAGGGUUGUGCUCUCGUCCAGAACAAGACAGAUGAGGCCUGUGCUAUCGUCAUGGAGACCCUCCAAAGUGUCAAUCACACCUGGGCCAAUCUGGACCACUUGAUAGGACAGUUAAAGAUCAGCCUGACUUCAGUUUUGGAUCAGUGGAGCUUGUAUAAACGGGCUUCAGAGGAGAUCAACGGCUAUCUGAUGGAAGGAAGAUAUUCUGUAUCACGUUUCCGCCUCCUCACUGGCUCCCUGGAGGCUGUUCAGCUGCAGGUGCAAAGUUUGCAGGAUCUCCAAGAAGAACUGGAGAAACAGGAAAGCAGCCUGAGAAAGUUUGGUGCUGUGACACAUCAACUGCUGAGGGAGUGUCAUCCUUCAGUGUCAGAUACCCUCAAUAAUGCCCUCAAGGAUGUCAAUGCAAGAUGGACUGGCCUACUGGAGGAGAUAGCAGAGCGUCUUAAAAGCAGUAAAGCUCUGCUUCAGCUGUGGCAGCGCUACAAAGAACUUCAUGAGCAAAGCUGCAGCAGCAUUCAGCUUCAGGAGGAAAACGCUGACCAGCUCCUGAAGAGCACCUGCAGAAAGGACAUCGCUGAUGAGGAAGUUUCCAACUGGAUCCGAGAAUGCAGCGAGUUGCUGCGAUCACAAGUUCCAGUGCAGGCCUCCCUUCAGAUUCUGCAAGAACUUGGAGAGCAGCUUAAACAACAGGUGGACACCUCGGCAGCAUCUGCUAUUCAAUCAGACCACCUCUCUCUCAUCCAGCGGCUUGCUGGGGUGGAAAAGGCCCUCAACAGACAGCUCACCACCUUGCAGACUGGAGUUCAAGACUUUGAAACCUUUAAUAAACAACUGGAGUCUUUGGGCUCCUGGUUAAUUGAUGCUGAGGAGGCUUUGAGAGCACAAGAUCCCAACGGCUGCACUGAGCUGACCGUCAUCCAGGACCGUAUGGAGGAGCUCAAGAAGCUCAUGCUGAAAUUUAGCAGCAUGUCCCCUGAAUUGGAGCAUCUUAACGAGCUUGGUUAUCGACUCCCUCUGAAUGAUUUGGAGAUCAAGCGAAUGCAGAACCUCAAUAGAAGCUGGUCGGCAGCUUCGACACAAACAACGGAGAGAUUCAGCAAGCUACAGUCAAUCCUCCUGCAACAACAAACCUUCCUUGAAAAAUGUGAAACAUGGAUGGACUUCCUGCUGCAGACAGAAGAGAACCUUGCUGUAGAAAUUUCUGGGAACUACCAGAGUUUAGUAGAUCAGCAGAAAGCCCAUGAGUUAUUCCAAGCUGAAAUGUUCAGCCGGCAGCAGAUCCUCCAUUCUAUUAUCAGUGAUGGACAGAGGAUGUUAGAACAAGGUCAAGUGGAUGACAGAGAUGAGUUCAACAUGAAGCUGACUCUUCUAAGUAACCAGUGGCAAGGCGUAGUGCGACGUGCUCAGCAGAGGCGGGGGAUCAUUGAUGGCCUCAUUCGUCAGUGGCAGCGCUACAGAGAAAUGGUGGAGAAGCUGCGCAAAUGGAUUUUGGAAGUCUCCCAUCCUGCAGAGAUGCUUCAGGCAGGAAAUACAGUUCCUCUACAACAAGCUCGCUCUAUGCUUGACGCUGUUCUGCUGAAAGAAAAGGUGCUGCAGCGUCAGCAGGGCAGCUACAUCCUGACGAUAGAGACUGGCAGACAGCUACUUCUGUCGGCAGACAGCAGAGCAGAGGUGACCUUGCAGACGGAGCUGACAGACAUCCAGGACAGAUGGAAACAAGCCAGCACAUGCCUAGAGGAGCGAAGGAAACAGCUGAGCUCACUUCUGAAGGACUGGGAAAGAUGUGAGAGAGGAAUUGGAGGAUCGCUUGAAAAACUCCGAGCCUUCAAACGACAGCUUUCUCAACCCCUUCCUGAUCACCAUGAAGAUCUCCAAGCUGAACAGAUGCGCUGCAAGGAUUUAGAAAACACAUUUGAAGGCUGGACUGGAGAUUUGGCCCAUUUGACUCUACUUAGAGAGUCUCUGUCCUGUUAUAUCAGUGCAGAGGAUCUUUCUGCUCUGCAGGAGCGUAUUGAACUUCUGCAUCGACAAUGGGAUGAAAUCUGCCAUCAGCUCUCCCUGCGCAGGCAGCAGGUGAGUGAGAAGCUGAAUGAGUGGACCGUUUUCACUGAGAAGUACAAGGGGCUCUGUGAGUGGCUCACCAGCAUGGAGAGUAAGGUGGCGCAGAAUGGAGACAUCAGCAUUGAGGAGAUGAUUGAAAAGCUCCGCAAGGAUUACCAGGAGGAGAUAACAGUUGCAGAGGAGGAGCUUCAGCGUGAUAUAGAGAAGCACAGCACCGGCGUCGCGUCAGUGUUGAAUUUAUGCGAAGUGCUCCUGCAUGACUGCGAUGCUUGUGCCACCGAUGUGGAGUGUGACUCAAUCCAGCAGGCAACUCGCAGCCUCGAUCGCCGCUGGAGGAGCAUCUGUGCCUUGUCCAUGGAGAGGAGACUAAAGAUUGAGGAGACCUGGCGUUUGUGGCAGAAAUUUCUGGAAGACUUUGCACGUUUUGAUGAGUGGCUGGCCACUUCAGAGAAAACUGCAGCGUUGCCCAACUCAUCGGGUGUGCUCUACACUGUAGCCAAAGAGGAACUGAAGAAAUUUGAGACCUUCCAGAGACAAGUUCAUGAAAGCCUGACCCAGCUGGAGGUAAUCAACAAGCAAUACCGCCGCCUGGCCAGAGAAAACCGUACAGACGCCUCCUGUCGUCUGAGGGAAAUGGCUCACGACGCAAAUCAGAGAUGGGACAACCUGCAGAAACGUGUGGCCUCCAUCCUUCGCAGACUUAAGCACUUUAUAAAUCAGAGAGAGGAGUUUGAAACGGCCAGAGAUGGUAUCCUAGUGUGGCUGACAGAGAUGGACCUUCAGCUCACCAACAUUGAACACUUCUCAGAGUGUGACAUUCAGGCCAAGAUCAAACAACUCAGGUCGUUCCAGCAGGAGAUUUCUCUAACAACAGCCAAGAUUGAGCACAUCUUCCACCAGGGGGAGGCGCUGAUAGAGAAAAGCGAGCCUCUGGAUGCUGCUGUCAUAGAGGAAGAGCUGGAGGAGCUUCAGCGCUACUGUCAGGAAGUUUUUGGGCGAGUCGAGCGCUACUAUAAAAAGCUCAUUCGUCUUCCACUUGCAGAUGACGAUACUGAAGUGUCAUUCUCUGAUCGUGAGCUGGAGCUGGAUGAACCUGGAGAUUUGUCCAGCCUACCAUGGAAUGAGCGUUUGGGGGAUGGUUUCCUUUCCCCCCUGCCCUCCUCUGGGCGCUCAGCCUCCCUGGCAGCUCAGCUUCGGGCUGAACGCUCUGGCAGGGACACACCUGCAAGUGUGGACUCCAUCCCCCUUGAAUGGGACCAUGACUAUGACCUGAGCCGUGGCCUUGAGAGUGCGAGCAGAGCCCUCAGAGAGCAGCACAGCGAAGAGGGAGACUUCCUGCAGCGUCCCGCCUCUGGCCUGUCAGAUGUAGUGAUUCCAGAGAGCCCUGAGGCCUUUGUUAAACUAACAGAACAAACACUGAGGUCCUCCACUGGAGAGGCUGCCUCAGCAGAUUCCCAUAUGCAUCCCCUUGAUGCGAGUCGCUCCCACCUGCAGCAAACGGACAGCAGUCGCAGCCGAACUCCUUUAAGCACCGAAACAGAUGCCUCAUAUAUGGGCUAUAUGCGACUGUUGGGUGAGUGUCGUGGCAGCAUUGACACAGUGAAGAGGAUGGGCUCUGAGCUGAAAGACGAAGACGAUACAAUAUCUGGACUGGCAGAUCCUAGCAGUUCAGAGUCCCAGACAUCAGGUGUGAUUGAGCGCUGGGAGCUCCUGCAGGCUCAGGAUCUCAGUAAAGAGAUGCGCUCAAAGCAAAACCAGCAACAGUGGCACCAGCUGAACUCUGACCUGAACAAUAUUUGGACGUGGCUGGGUGGAACGGAGGAAGAGCUGGAGCAGCAGCAGAAGCUGGACGUCAGCACAGACUUCCAGAUGAUUGAGCUCCGCAUUAAAAAACUCAAGGAGCUUCAGAAGGCGUACGACAAGCGCAAGUCUAUAGUCCUCUCCAUCAACCUGUGCAGUGCUGAGUUCCUGCAGUCAGACACAGAGGAAUCCCGCGAGCUGCAGGCCAAACUGAAAGACAUGAACAACAGCUGGGAUAAACUGGGCAGCUCUUUGGAUGAAUGGAGGGCCUCGCUUCAGGAGGCUCUCAUGCAGUGUCAGGACUUUCAUGAGACGAGCCACGGUCUGCUCCUCUGGUUGGAAAACAUCGAUCGCAGAAGGAAUGAGAUCGUCCCUAUUGAUCCGAUCCAGGACAGUGAUACUCUUCACGAACAUCAUAAGACGCUCACGCAAAUCCGCCAGGAGUUAUUGGACUCUCAGCUUAAAGUCGCCCCCCUACAAGACAUGUCCCUCCAGUUGCUGGUCAACUCUCAGGGAGGUGACUGUCUGGAGGCCAAGGAGAAGGUUCAUGUCAUCGGGAAUCGCCUCAAACUUUUACUAAAAGAAGUAACUCGAGACCUCAGAGAGCUCUCUAAACUGCUGGACAUCACAAGCAGCCAGCAGUUUCUUUCUUUCACCCUCCCCUCCCCUGUUCAUUGCAAACAGCAACGGGGCAAAUGUAGUCUGUCACAGCCGGGACCGUCUGUGAGCAGUCCUCACCACAGGUCACGCAGCGGCGUUGGAUCCGCUUCCUCCCGUUCUGAUCUGGACUCAGCAAGAGGCCGUAGAUCCCCGUUCUGGUGCCGCGUCCUCUGGUUUGCGCUGCCUCUCCAGCUCCUCCUGCUGCUGCUGGUGGUCCUCGCCUUCCUGCUGCCGCUGGCAGAGGAGGACUACUGCACUCAGUCCAACAACUUUGCUCAUUCCUUUUACCCGAUGCUGAGCUACACAAAGGGCCCUCCUCCCGUCUAGCUGAGCUUCAAGACCAUCCUGCUUCUGUAAUUUGGCUUUCAUAGGACGGGAAGGAGAAAACACAGAAGAAUCUCUCCUGAGAAGCACGCAGGAUUCAGCAUCUCUCUAUGUGCUGAAGUACUGUGUCCACUCAAGAUGUAAUUGGGUCUAUCUGGAGGAAUAGAUGAGACCAUCCUGUAUUUUUUUGAAGACUGUCAGUGGAAAGCACCAAAGUCAAAAGCUGAGAGAGUUUCCUCCCAUUUAUUUUUUUACCUGUACUUGGGCAUGUAGUUUUAAUAUUUUCUUUUUAUUUACUCACCUCUGUAAUUGUGUCUGUGGUAAACUGUCAAUUUUAACUUGAACUACAUACCUUCAUGUACGUCAAGCCAAGCCAAGUGUUUUAUCAUCAGAUACAGAUUAAGACUUUUAACCUUUAACACCAACCAUCCAUUGUCUUCUUACAUUCUGUAUUUUUAUUUUUUCAAAUGAUCUGAUAUCACAGAGAUUUAAACUUGUGACAAAUAGAACUACUGUAUAUUUUGUAUGACUAUUGGUUGAGUAUAAAAUAUAUAAGAGUCCAGAUUAUUUAACGUGUGUACAUAGUGCAGAAGGUGGAAAAAAAGGAUGUAAAUGCAAAU